AUGAACCUGACUACACCCUGUCCCCUCUCACUGCUCCUUGUGCUUGUUGUAAACCUGACAGGUCUGUACGGGAGCAGGAUCAUCGGGGGUGCAGAGGUAAACCCCUACUCCAUCAAGUAUCAGGCCUCCCUCCAGCUCAUGAACUCCCACUUCUGUGGAGGCACCCUCAUCCACAGACAGUGGGUGGUGUCCGCUGCCCACUGCUGGAGGCCGAAACACCUGAUCCAAGUGGUUCUGAGUGAGCACAACAUCUACAAGGUGGAGGGCUUUGAGCAGAGGUUUAAUGUCUCUCUGAUCGUCAGGCUCUACCCGAACAAACCAUACUUGUUUGACAACGAUAUCAUGCUGCUAAAGUUGGAAAAGCCAGUAACGAUCAAUUCCAGGGUUGAGCCGGCCUCUUUGCCACGACCGAAUUCUCGACCGUUGGUUCACUAUACCCGGUGCACAGUCAGCGGCUGGGGCGUGACCUGGCUCAACAGAUACAGCUUGUCACCUGUACUGAGGUCUGUGGAUGUGAACAUCUUCGCCAACUGCUGGUUCUACUACUACUUCAUGAUCACAAACAACAUGAUCUGUGCUGGCUCUUUUCGUGGUGGCAAAGAUUCCUGUCAGGGGGACUCUGGAGGACCUCUCAUCUGUAAUGGUAAUUUUGAGGGUAUUGUAUCUUGGGGCAAUGGCUGCGCCCACGCCAACUACCCUGGCGUCUACACCAAGGUCAGAAACUACAUCGGAUGGAUGAACUGGAUCAUCCAGAACAACUGAAGAGACUCUUUAAUAACAGGCUCCUCUAAGACUCUGCUGCGAGGAAGAUUUGAAUGUUUCCUAAUGGAUUAAAAGGACUUCAUGGAU